CCAACCAACCUUAUAGGCCGGACAGAAUCAGAAGUCAGAUUUUUAGCUCCUCAUCCGCUCCAUUUCUCUCGAGAAACAUAUAACUCUGGAACCCACUCGAACCCUUCUUUCCUCCGUCUCCCUCCCAGAUUUUUCGCUUUCAUUCGGAGCUUGCAACAAUGGGUUGUCGAGCGAAUGUUGAAGAGGAACCCUAUCAAUUACGGCGUUCAUUAGUUCUGGGUUGGUGUUCUUCGGUGGGUAUGGAGGGUUCUGGGUUGGAAGACUGAAUCGAAAAAUUGGCAGCACUUUGUCCCUUGUCCAGAUGCACAGAUUACCUUUGGCGCAAUUUCAGAGACUGUUCCAGCGACAGCCACAAUUGCUAGGGGGAAUGUUGAUUUUGGAUAAAUAAUUGGCACUCAUUGACAUGGAGAAGAGGCAUAGCUUUUGUAAGGCUGCUGAAAAUCAUAGUGGCAUUCUUUCCUUAUGGGCAGUCUGCGGUGGCGUUGGCAUGGUACCAAGGUUCAGAAUGCUUCCGGCGGAAACUAAACUCAGCGCUCUUCUAGUAGUUUUCAACUUGCCGGAAAAAGCUCUUCCAAUCAGUGCACUACAAUGUAAAACCUACGGAGGUACGCUAUUCUGAACGAUGAGCCAAAUGAGAAUUUGAAUUUAGCCAGUUUUGGAGAAUUAGUGCUUGGUUAUCAGUAGGGAAGUAGGUGUGCUAAGACUUGGAUGAGAAAUUUCAGCAGUAUGAUUUUUGUUAAGUUUCUCUUCGAGUCGCAAGCUUUGCAACCUUCCUUUGUUCUAGGAAAAGAUAAAAUACACCCAUUCCGCUUGUAAAUGAGAGUUCCCUGAAUAUAUUUAUAAUUCAUAUAACAAAAUGCUAAGCACCAAUAUGCAUUUGUUUUUUGUUGACAAAGAAAAGGAUGUGGUAGCAGAACAAUAGUAACAAAAAGAAUUCUGGACAGAGUAAGAAACUUCCAGUAGUUUCAAACUCAAAGUAAUGUGAAAACAUGAUGAAGACUUGGAUGAGUUCAAACCUACAGGCAGUGGAUGGCUUAGGAAAUUAAAAAUUUCUACGCACAAAGAGUUCAACAUCCAUAAUUUUAACAAACAUGAAGAAAUUGUCCUUAAAAAGAAACCACGACUUACGGCCUAAAUCACCCUCUACCAGAAUAAUUUGCAAAAAACUAAAUCAAACUCAUUGGUUGAAGCGUUGAAAUUGCCAACUUCAACCAUAAGCUUGAAUAAAUUGCUCCUUAGAAAAGCUAGGUGGGUCGUGAAGUUUGUCAUCCAGUCUAUGUCCGUCGCCUGAAUUAUACGACUUGUUGGGAGAAAAGCUUCCCAUCAGCAAUAUAGUUUUCACUGUGUGUGAGCUAGUGUGUGUUGCAGCUCUCAAACUAGUCAAAUCAUUUAUUUAGACUAAACUGUCAUAAGAAGAUGAUUGUUGUCGAUCUUAGAAAACAUGGAAAUGACACUUCAGUUUAGUGAUUUAUCCUUAAACUGUGAAAUGUUGUUUGCUGAAUUAGCAAGUGCAAGAGGAGCCAAAACUACUGAGAAUUAGGUGAAGCUAUGUGAUUUGGUGUUUGGCUUGGUAAAGCUUGAAACGAGCAAACUCAGUUUAGUGAUUUACUCUUAAACUGUGGAAUUGUCUCGCGUUGUUGAACAAGGUUGAAUGAUGCAGCAUGUUCUUUGCCAAUCUCGAUUCAAGCAUAGAAAUGGUCAUAAGAGUGGUUAACUUAAUUGGUAAUAAGAAUUUGGAACUAAUGCUUUGACUGAGGAAUGCAGGAAAGGAAACUUGCCUACUCAGGACCAAGCUGAGAAAGAAGUUAAAUGGUGGUAUCACUUCUCCUGGUGGUAUAAUGAAUUGGCUAUCACUACCUUGCUGCUCAAGUUAAUUGGAAGUGGAAGAAGCCGGUACAGCGUCAUUCCAUCAAAAGAAGUAACCUUCCUUUUUGGGUGGAAUCACAAUUAAUCAGAUGCUCUCACAAAAGGAAAAGCCAACGGGAAAAUGAAAAGAUUGAGAAGCAAGGAGCUUACCAUUUCCAAGGAGAUUCAUGAUCACACCAACAAGGCAAGUCGAUUCAAAUGCAACAGCCAAAAGCUUCAAUAUAAAAGGAGUCUUGCAAUAGCUACAGGAGGUAACUUUUCCGGGAGAUCAAUACUACGAUAGAGAGCAAAGGGUACCUGUUGUGGGUAGUUUGAUAGGAAAAGGGAUUUCGGUUGACGGGGAGUUAAUCGAGAUUACGGUAUUGGGGAGAUACCUGGUUCUUGAUCGACGGAGAGUUGAUCAAGGGGAUUGGAGUGAUCAAUUGGCUGGGAAGCUAAUCGGGGAUUUUCAUUUGUACUCUGCAAGAGCUUCAAGAACAUAUCUCCAGUGAAUCGUCAGAUAUUGCAAGAGAGAGAUACUCUGACCGUGGAUUAGUCGGUGUUGGGUUCGUUAAUCACCUAACACCAGAUACAACGUAAAAGUUCUGUGUCUCUGUUACUUUUGUUCUUACUCUGUUUCAGUUCUGGGUUAGCUAUUACUAUUGUGUUUGAAGAACUAAGGGCCCGUUUAGUAUUGUUGCUUGUUUUUUGUUUCUGUUUUGUUUUAUGAAAUUUGGAAAACCAAGAAAAAAAAUCGUGUUUAGUUGGG